UUCCCGCCUUACCCUUGCCUCGCCUCCCCCACCGGGUACCCCUCGCCUGAGUCCCGUACCCUUCUGCCGCUGAGCCUGAUUAUCUCCAUGUCCCCCCUUUCCCUGAUCUCCUGUGCUCUCUCCUCUCCCUUUAGAGACUUAUUUCCACCCCAGUCCUUUUUUUUUUGAGGAGUCCAGCCCCCUUUCCCGUGGCGGAGGUGGGGCAGCAGCUGCAACUGUAAACCCUUCCCUAGCAGGUUUUUAGAGCCCUUUGAGUCUUUCCUCUGCAGUAAUGAGGAGGGAGGCCGAGUGUAAGCUGUCCUCGGUCCCCAGCCUGUAGGCUAGGUAGAGGCUGAGUUACUUAGGUGACAUGAAGACCCUCAGGUCUCCCUGACCGUUAAUGCCCUCACUCUGGGUCCCCUAGGAAGUCUGGGGCCAUCUCCCUCCCCAGGAAAGGACCUGAGGAGGAAGCUUCAGUAGGUUGGGCCUGGGCCCUCCAAAGGGAGUAGGUUACCACCCACCUUAGCCUGGACCAGGCCCAGUCCCCUGCUUGGGGGCCUAGAGGUCUUCACGGUGAUUGAGUUUCUGAGUUGGACUGCCUGGGUUGUCCCAGCUGUGCCAUGUAACUUACUGUGUGACCUUGGGCAAGUAACCUCACCUCUCUGAGCAUGUUCAUCUGUAAAAUGGGGAUAACGGCAUGUACCUUAUAGGGCCACUGUGAAAAUAAAUUCUCUGAUUUUGCACCAGUGCCUGGCGUGCUGUGCAAUCUUGGUGACAGGGCUCUUUUGUGAGUAGUACUGAGGGCCCCACAGGACUGCUCCUGGUUGCUGCCUGGAAGCAGACAACUGGGCAUUCAGAGCAGCAGAGGGGGGUCGCCAUAGGCAGGGAACGAGGGCUAGGAAGCCUCGUGGCAGAAGUGGUAGCUGAGCCUCAAAGAACAGAAGAAGGCAUUUGGAAAGGCAGUUACUGCCUUUCGCUUUGGCCUCAUUCAUCAGUGACCCUGCCCUGGCUCCCUCUAUGAGCAACUCAGGGCCUCUUUGUGGAGGUGCAAGUGCUGGAGUGGCCCUGAGCUCUGGAGCUGUAGGAGCAGCAGGGCCCAGGGCUGCCAGACAGAGCUGACGAGGGGACCAUGACGGCAGGUCUGGGCCUGUACAUCUGGGUCCCUAGGGGACCAGCUUCUCCUUCCUCUCUGAGCUAGGCAGCAGCCAUUCUUGGCUGGGCCUCCAGAGUGCUGAACUGCCUUGCUCAAGUAGACACUGGUAGUGAGAGGGGGCCUGGACCAGUCUGAUGUUGGAGCCAGUUGGGCUAUAAUUGGCAAAAGCAGCAUUUGGGAUCCAGGUUAGCUCUGGGGCAGAACUGCCUUAUAGGAUGUCGGGAGGUCAGGCUGACCUGUCCAGGUCCUAGGUAACUUUAGAGGUUAUUUUGCACCUACUGGGAGGGAGGGGUGUUCAAUCCACACACCACCAUUGUCUCCUAACUUGGAGGAAAUUCAUAGCCCUUAAGCUGAGGCAUCUGUGGGGGAUGAGUAGAGGAAGGAGCUUAUAGAGGAAGCUCUUUCCUCUAUAGAAGUUGAGGACAGGGUAUGAGGGCUUGCCAUCCUGGCACCUCCUGGUUUCUUCUGACCCUAAUCACAUAGGUUAGAGGUUUGCUCCACCUGGAUUACUGGUCCCUGAAUCCAGCUUAGGAAGCUAUUUGUGGCUGACGGGGAGGGAGUGGCUGUGGUGUCCUGAGCCAUUGGCAUCCCCUGUCCCUCACCUCCACUAAGGACCCAGGGGUUGAUAGGUUGAGUUGCAGUAGGAGAGACCGAGAUCAGACUGCAGGAAGUUCCCAAAUGAGAGGAGAAGCUCCAAAAGUUGGAGACUAGAGGAAGGGGAUGUUUUACAUGGAGCUGGGAUCCUGUUCCCAGUUUUGCUGCCUCCCCUUCCUGUGCCCAGCACCUUCUGUCUACGUCUCUGGACUAGUGCUCACUUUCUGUGAAAAUAAGACUACCUGUGCUCCCCGGAGGAGAAUAUAUAUAAGAUCGACUUCAUCAGGUUCAAGAUUCGGGACAUGGAUUCAGGCACUGUCCUCUUUGAAAUCAAGAAGCCCCCAGCCUCGGAGCGGUUGCCCAUCAACCGGCGGGACCUGGACCCCAAUGCUGGGCGCUUUGUUCGCUACCAGUUCACGCCUGCCUUCCUCCGCCUGAGGCAGGUGGGAGCCACGGUGGAGUUCACGGUGGGAGACAAGCCUGUCAACAACUUCCGCAUGAUUGAGAGGCACUACUUCCGAAACCAGCUGCUCAAAAGCUUUGACUUCCACUUUGGCUUCUGCAUCCCCAGCAGCAGGAACACCUGCGAGCACAUCUACGACUUCCCGCCUCUGUCUGAGGAGCUGAUUAAUGAGAUGAUCCGCCACCCCUACGAGACACAGUCUGACAGCUUCUACUUCGUGGACGACCGGCUGGUGAUGCACAACAAAGCAGACUAUUCCUACAGCGGGACACCCUGACCCCGCAGCUGCUCCCUGCCCCAGGAGAGUCCCGGGCCCUCGGCCAUGACUGCCCCAGCACUCACCUCUCAGCCCCAAGUCUUCUGCCUGGGGAGUGUCCCAGGAGCCCUGGACCCUGAGUCAGGGUUGGGAGGGUGGGUGUCUGAUGUCCUCAGUCUAAGCCCAUAAAGCUCAUGGGUCCUGGCACCUGGGGUGGGGCAGGGCAGUAGGGGGGCUCUCUGCCUCCGUGUCCAGGAAGGCCUCCUGUGGGAGCAGACGGGACUCUGGACAGCCUAGCUGGGCCUCUUGGCUGUUUCAGAAUAGUGUGCACCUAUCCAGGCUUUGACUAGGUCAGGGCAGGAGCCUGUUUCUUGUCUCCUGCCCGCCACCGGCAGGCCAUUUAGAUUUGUUAAUUCACAGAUGAAGAUCCAUGAUGGGGUCUGGCUGCCAAGCUUCCCAAGGGAGCCUGGGCCCUGGCCCCAGCCCUAGCCUCCUCCGUCAGCGGCCAAGACACUGCCUGGGGUGUGGGUGGGAUUGGCCCAGUCUGCCACCUGUGGUAGGGGCUGGACCGACUGUAUAUAGUUUUCAAUAAACUCUUUCUCCUUU